AUGGACGCGGACCUCAUCAAGCUCGUCAACAAGCUCCAGGACACCUUCGCCAACCUUGGUGGAGAGCUGGACAUGCCCCAGCUCGCUGUCGUCGGCAGCCAGUCUGCGGGAAAGUCUAGUGUCCUCGAAACCAUCGUCGGCCGUGACUUCCUUCCUCGCGGCUCCGGCAUCGUCACCCGCAGACCGCUCGUCCUCCAGCUCAUUCACACUCCCGUCCCCGAAAACUCCACAACCGACAUCACGGAAUGGGGCCAGUUCCUCCACAUUGACAAACGCUAUACCGACUUUAACGAGAUACGGCGCGAGAUCGAGCAGGAGACAUUCCGCGUCGCAGGCCAGAACAAGGGCAUCAGCAAGCUCCCCAUUCACCUCAGGAUAUACAGCCCCAACGUACUCGACCUGACUCUCGUCGACCUCCCGGGUCUAACAAAGAUCCCAGUAGGCGACCAACCAAGCGACAUCGAGCGACAAAUCCGCUCCCUCGUCCUCGACUACAUCUCCAAACCAAACUGCGUCAUCCUCGCCGUCUCCGCCGCAAACGUCGACCUCGCCAACUCGGAAGCCCUCAAGCUCGCCCGCUCCGUCGACCCCCAAGGCCGGCGCACCAUCGGCGUCCUCACCAAGCUCGACCUCAUGGACGCCGGCACGAACGCGCUCGACAUCCUCACCGGCCGCGUCUACCCGCUCAAGCUCGGCUUCAUUGGCGUCGUUAACCGCUCCCAGGCCGACAUCAACGUCGACAAGCCGCUCUCGGACGCGCUCGACAGCGAGGCCGAGUUCUUCCGCACGCACCCCGCGUACCGCAACAUCGCGCAUAAGAACGGCACGAAGUACCUCGCGAAGACGCUCAACCAGGUGCUCAUGGGCCACAUCCGCGACAAGCUGCCGGACAUGAAGGCGCGGCUCAACACGCUCAUGGGCCAGGCGCAGCAGGAGCUGAACUCGUUCGGGGACGCUGCGAUCUACGGGGACAAGAACCAGCAAGGCGCGCUCGUCCUGCGGCUCAUGACGCAGUUCGCGCGCGACUUCGUCGCCUCGAUCGACGGCACUGCCGUGGACAUCUCCACGAAGGAGCUCUCGGGCGGCGCGCGCAUCUACUACAUCUUCAACGACGUCUUCGGCACCGCGCUCUCCUCGAUCGACGCCACGCACAACCUCGACAACCAGGACAUCCGCACGGCGAUCCGCAACUCCACGGGCCCGAGGCCGAGCCUGUUCGUGCCCGAGAUCGCGUUCGACUUGCUGGUGAAGCCGCAGAUCAAGCUGCUGGAGGCACCGAGCUUGAGGUGCGUGGAGCUGGUCUAUGAGGAGCUGGUGAAGAUCUGUCAUAACUGCACGAGUGCGGAGCUGCAACGAUUCCCAAGGCUGCAUGCGCAACUCGUCGAAACCGUCUCCGAGCUUCUCCGCGAGCGGCUCGGCCCCACGACCGAGUACACGCAAAGCCUCAUCGACAUCCAGACCGCAUACAUCAACACCAACCACCCCGCGUUCAUCCAAGGCUCCGCCGCCGCCGCGCACUCCAUGACCUCCCCGCAGCCCAGACAGGUCCUCCCCCGACACAAAUCUAUCGAAUGGCACAACCCCGCCCGUCCCCGCACCCAGCCCUCCUCCGUCGACUCCAUCAACGGCGUCGGCUCCCCCACCGACGACGACGACUACUCGCAAGACGAGUCCGCAGGGCCCGCCAACGGCAUCCCCCCGAACCGCUCCGCCCCCUCCGCCCUCACCGACCGCUCCCGCGCAGGCGCGGCGUCCGCGCCCCCGACGACGACGACCCCCUCGCGCCUGCCCUCAAAACCGCCGCACCAUCAGCACCAACACCACCACCAGCACCACCAGCAGCGGGACGCGCCGUCCUCGCGGAACGUCUCCGGGGCGUCCGCGGGCGCCCCGGGGUCGUCCCCGCACUCGGGCACGGCGAAGGAGACGUUCCUGAACUACUUCUUCGGGCAGAACGGCCCCGGGCCGCUCUCCGGCCCGUCGGCCGAGCGCACGUCGACCGUGGGCGCCACCGGGGGCAUCACCGGGGGCGUGACGGGGCGGGACGUGUCGGGGGCGGACCCGGCGCUCGAGACGGGGCUGAUGGCGGGCAGGCGGGGGAUGGACAGGGGGAACGCGGCGUUCGAUAUGAAGAGCUUGGGGAAGCAUAUCGAGGCGGCGUCCGACGGGAGCUCACAGCUCACGAUGCGCGAAGAGAUGGAGACGAACCUCAUUCGCUCGCUCAUCCAGUCCUACUUUGGCAUCGUCCGGCAGACGAUACAAGACCUUGUCCCCAAGGCGAUCAUGCACCUCCUCGUGAACAACACUUCGCAGCAGGUCCAGAACCGCCUUGUCGCCUCGCUCUACAAGCCAGAGCUGUUUGGGGACCUCCUGAACGAGGACGAGACGCUAGUCGCGGAGCGCACGAGGGUCAAGGCCCUUCUCGACGCGUACCGGGACGCGUUCAAGACGCUUUCAGAGGUCACGCUCAAGUCGACGUAA